AUGUCGUCUCAGCAAUCCUCCGGUCACACGUGGACCGAGGGUGACUUUGAACAUCCUAACCAGGCUAUUCGCCACUCACUGAUUGUGGCGCUCGUUUUUGCAUUUACGUUGCCAACAGUCGCCGUUGGUCUCCGUCUUCUGGCCAGGAGACUCACGGGGAACAGACUGUUCCUGGACGAUUAUUUGAUCAUUGUUGCGUUGCUAUUCAAGUACGGAUGCUCGAUUGGUGUUGUAAUUCUCCUCUUUAAUGGCCUGGGCUCGCAUAUCGAGACUGUUCCGAAGGAGAAUGUCGAGCGUUUCUUCAAGAUUGGGUGGGCGAACCCCUUCGUCUACACUGCCAACGUGAUGUUCAUCAAGCUCUCGAUUCUGGCGCUAUAUCGACGUUUAUUCUCUACCAAGUAUAUGUUAUUUGCCAUCUAUACCAUGGGAAUGGUCGUGAUUCUCUGGGCCGUGACCAUCUGGGUAGCUGCAACUCUGAACUGUAUCCCAGUGCCUAAGUUCUGGGACAGGGCGAUUGAAGGAGCCUGCAUCGACCCCAACAGUUUUUAUUAUGGCACGCAGAUCCCGAACAUCGUGUCCGAUGUGAUUCUCCUUCUCAUGCCACAGGGAGUUGUCUGGUCACUUCCGGUCGCCAAGUCCCAGAAGUUGCUUCUAUCCUGCAUAUUCAUGGUUGGCGGACUGGCCCUAAUUUUUGACAUCGUUCGACUACUAGCCAUGCUCCACUUGUCCACCCAGGGUAAUGACAUCACCUACCACCAAAUGCCGGUCGUCAUGUGGACCUGCACCGAAGCCGGAGUCGGUAUUAUUGCCGCAUGCUUGCCGAAUCUCCGGCCCCUGUUCAAGGUAGGAGGCCGCAGUUUCUGGUCGCAGCUCCGAUCCAUGAGCCAGGGUUCAGGCAAGGCGCAUCUUCACCCAAGUAGCACGGGUACCUCAAGCACGACUGGCAACGUCAGUCUGGCAAAAGGGCCUGUUGAUUCUUGCGUGGCCGAGGAGGGCAUUGAAAUCCAUCGCUACAGCAACAUAAUUGCAGCCUCGGAGAAGUAA